UAAUUUAGUAGGGAAGCCCUAACUGAGGACCCAACAUCCAGAUUCAGGUGAAUGAAAGAACUGGUUUACUGACAGCAAAAGAGCCAAACGUGUCACGAUGGGGUGCUGGAUUUUGAGUGAAUGUCUCUCCAUCUUAUUAGUACUCUCAUGGCUGGGAGUGAAUUUAUAUCUGUUUAUUGACACAUUCUGUUGGUAUGAAGAGGAGGAGUCUUUCCAUUACACACGAGUUAUUUUAGGUUCAGCAUUGGCUUGGGCACGAGCAUCCGCACUGUGCCUGAAUUUUAACUGCAUGCUAAUUCUAUUACCUAUCAGUCGAAACCUCAUUUCAUUCAUAAGAGGAACAAGUAUCUGCUGCAGAGGACCAUGGAGACGGCAAUUAGACAAAAACCUCCAAUUUCACAAACUGGUUGCCUAUGGGAUAGCUGUUAAUGCAGCCAUCCACAUCGUGGCCCAUUUCUUCAACCUGGAGCGCUACCGCUGGAGCCAGUCAGAGGAGGCUGAAGGACUUCAGGCUGUGCUCUCCAAAUUGGGCAAUACCCCGAAUGAGAGCUACCUCAACCCCAUCCGGACCUUCCCCACAAAUGCAACCACCGAGCUGCUAAGGACAAUAGCAGGCAUCACUGGCCUGGUGAUCUCUCUGGCUUUAAUCUUGAUCAUGACUUCUUCAACUGAGUUCAUCAGACAUGUCUCCUAUGAGUUGUUCUGGUAUAUGCACCAUGUGUUCAUCGUCUUCUUUCUCAGUCUGGUUAUCCACGGGACAAGUCAGAUUGUUCGAGGCCAAACUCCAGAGAGUCUCUUACUGCACAACGUCACCUUCUGUAGAGAGCACUAUGCCGAAUGGUACACAGAAGCCCAGUGCCCCGUGCCUCAAUUUUCUGGGAAGGAACCCUCGGCUUGGAAAUGGGUUGUGGGCCCUGUGGUCUUGUAUGCAUGUGAAAGAAUAAUUAGGUUCUGGCGAUUUCAACAAGAAGUUGUCAUUACCAAGGUGGUAAGCCACCCCUCUGGAGUCCUGGAACUUCACAUGAAAAAGCGCGGCUUUAAAAUGGCACCAGGGCAGUACAUCUUGGUGCAGUGCCCAGCCAUAUCCUCGCUGGAGUGGCACCCCUUCACCCUCACCUCUGCCCCCCAGGAGGACUUCUUCAGUGUACACAUCCGGGCAGCAGGAGACUGGACAACAGCUCUACUGAAGGCCUUUGGGGCAGAGAGACAGACUCCGGAGGAGCCCUCAAGCCUGCCAAGGCUGGCAGUGGACGGACCAUUCGGGGCCGCUCUGACAGAUGUGUUUCACUAUCCAGUGAGUGUGUGCAUCGCUGCUGGAAUCGGAGUCACUCCCUUUGCUGCUCUCCUGAAAUCCAUAUGGUACAAAUGUUGUGAGUCACAGACCCAGCUGAAGCUGAGCAAGGUGUAUUUCUACUGGAUUUGCCGAGAUGCAACAGCUUUUGAGUGGUUUGCUGAUCUCUUACUCUUACUGGAAACACGGAUGAGUGAGCAAGGGAAAACUCACUUUCUGAGUUAUCAUAUAUUUCUCACUGGCUGGGAUGAAAAUCAGGCAGUUCAUAUAGCUCUACAUUGGGAUGCAAGUACUGAUGUGAUUACAGGCUUAAAGCAGAAAACCUUCUAUGGGAGACCUCACUGGAACAACGAGUUCAAGCAGAUCGCCUACAAUCACCCCAGCAGCAGCAUUGGCGUGUUCUUCUGUGGACCCAAAGCUCUCUCAAAGACACUUCGGAGGAUGUGCCGCUUGUAUUCAUCAGCAGACCCCAGGGGUGUGCAUUUCUAUUACAACAAGGAGAGCUUCUAGACUUGGAAGGUAAAUUCCAUGCAUUGGGUUCUCAAUCAAGUUAUUGACUCCAAAGAACUCCUCCAGGAAUUUCUGUGACUGCCUGUUAAUACAAGCACCCAGCUAAGAACCACUGAAUGAUAACUUGCCACUUGAGAACAGUACACCACGCCAUACUUUCUUAGUUUAUAAAUAACAUGCCAUAUACAACAGAACAAAAACAUUUACUGAAAUUAAACUAUAUUAUGUUUUCAA